GGUAUUCAAUUCGAUCAUAAUCGAUCGAUUUACUUUUCAGUUGGUAAAUGGUAAGAGAAGCAGUCAUGGCGGAUGAAUGGUCUCAACUUCCAAGAGACAUAUUAGAGCUGAUCGCAAGAAGACUAACCAACCGCUUCGAUGCCCUUCGAUUUCGCGCCGUCUGUUCUUCAUGGCGAUCGGCUGUAUCACAGAGGCCUCACCGCUUACCUGGCCGUUUCCGCAUUGUGCCCAACGAGGGUUUCGUGGAAACCAACUAUGGGUUCUUCCUUUCCAAGCGGACGAUUUUCCGUCUUGGAUCCACCGAAGCUCCCUCCAAUGGGUGGUUGAUUAAGGUAGAAGAAGAUGAUCUCCAAAAUAUUCUCUUAAAUCCUCUAACCCAGGUCCAAAUCAGGCCCUUACCGUCGAUGUUACCUAAGGUAUUAGGUUUAUCGGAUUUCCGAAUCUCUGAAUUAGGUCAAGAAUAUGUUCUUCAGGAAAUUAAUUACCCCGCUUUCCCAUAUCUCAAUUUCUUCAAUGCUGAAACUUGUUUUACCAAGAAAGUCGCCUUCGCCUCUUCAAAAUCGAGCAUUUCUUCGCCUGAAGACGACAACGAUGAUUUUACCCUCUUGGCGAUUCACGUUUCCGGACAAUUGUCCAUAUUUAAGUCAGGGGAUGAGAAAUGGAGCAUCAUAGAAGAUCUGCUAUCUUCCUACAGUGACGUGAUAUGCUUCAAGGGAAAAUUUUAUGCGGUUGAUAUCACGGGUGGGACUGUCAUUGUUGAUCCUUCUGCAACUGUGAGUUUGAGGACUUUCAUUGUUGGGCCUUACACAACAGCUGUAUUCGAAGGUGGUAAGAGGUAUUUGGUGGAAUCCGAGGGGGAUUUACUAUUGGUGGAUUUGAGACUGUGCAGAGACCGUUUAGAUGAUCCCCGUUCCAAUCCCAAUUUCGAUUUGUAUUCUCGUAUUCAUCCCCGUCUAUAUGAACGUAUAGGUUCUCCAGUUGAGUUUAAAGUAUUCAAGCUCAAUGAAGGCAGGAAGAAGUGGGUUGAGCUGCAAUCCUUGGGUGACCGUUUGUUGUUCUUGGGAGACAAAUGCUCGUUUUCUGCUUCGGCCUCUGAUUUCCCUGGCUGUAAAGGGAAUUGCAUCAUCUUCCCCAACUUUUUUACCUGUUCAACCGGGCAAAGUUGUUAUGGAUUCAAAUAUAUAGAAGUCUUCAACUUGGAAGAUGGUUGUAUUGGACCUUUAGCUUCUUAUCCAUGUUAUUCCAACUUAUUCUGGCCUCCUCCAUCUUGGGUUGCAUCCCCCACUGUUGGAACAAGCGCACAACCACCUUGAAGCUCCAACCUUAUGAAGUGAGGUGAUUUCUGUGAGCCUGAGGGGCUUUCGGUGAAUGGGAAUCACUGUGGGAGGAUUGUGCCUGCAAAGAUAACAAGUCCACUGGUGGUGAGUAAAAAUCAGCUCCUUUUCUAAAUAAACAUGUUCCCCCUAUUCUUCCUUUGGCAACGUGUGGGAGGUUAUGUAUAUAAACCAAGGGAAGACUUGGUCAAUAGACACUUCUGUAAUCUUUAUGCAAUAUUAACAUCUACAUAAAAGUUUUUUUUAUGUAAUUGUGUGGUUAUCAUGUACUUGCCUCA